UCGUCAAUCAAAGAAGCAGUAGUAACAUUAAAGAACUAACGCCGUUAACAUUACUGCGAAUCAGUAACGGAGAAACAAACGGUGUUUGUUAGUACUACCAGGUACGAGAAAGAGCAUCAUAACAUAAGUCACAACAAAAACAACGAGAAUGAACGCGAAACACCUGAGUAGUGAGUGAGUGAGUCAACACUAGUCAAACUCAAACUCACAACAACACAUAAACCGUUUCACGAAACUCUAAACUCGUUUCGUUUUGUUUUUCUAACAAAACCAUAAAAAGAAUCUUCUAGAACCUCUCCUUUCUUUCUCCGUCGGAAUUUCCAUGGCUGAGCACCGCGUCUCCGAACCUUUCCCAGUGGGACCCACUCAGCUUGGAAAUAACUCUGAAACUAACGACGAAAAAGUAAAAGCUGAAGAACGAGUCGGUGAAUCACCGCGUGUCACCGAGUCGAAACAAGGCGAUUCAGCGAGUUCUAUUGAACAUUCCGUAGAGCGUAAUUCAGAAACCCUAGUUGUUCCUCCAUCUUCGAUUUCGCAGAAGCAGAGUUUUGAUACGCCGAAUACGCUCAAUUCGGGUGAUAAAGCUGAAAAUAAGGAAACAGUUGGACCUCCUGAAAAGGAAAUUACUGCAAGUGAAGCAGCCUCGACACCUCCAACUCCGACUGAAAAUCAGCUUCAAAUGACCGUGUAUUCACCAAAUUCUGUUACAAAAUCUUUUUCACCUGUUCCUUUUUCAACCAUACAAAUACAUAAAAUGUCUCCUCCAAGCAUUAGUUACACACCUGUACCAGGAGCAGGCAAAAAAAAUCCUUCUGGUGGUAAAGCCUUAUCUUCAGUUUCUGUUCCAAGGACAUCAGCAUCCGAUGGAUACAACUGGCGGAAAUAUGGUCAGAAGCAAGUGAAGAGUCCUACUACAGGUUCUCGAAGCUAUUACAGGUGUACUCAGUCAAACUGUUGUGCUAAGAAGAUUGAAUGCUGGGGUCAUUCAGGUCAUGUGAUAGAGACUGUUUAUAAAAGUGAGCACAGUCAUGAUCCCCCGCGGAAGAUUAAUUCCCUUAGGGAAAGUAAGUUUGCAUCUCCCAAAGAACCUACUGCAGUGAAUAGUGUUUUAGUGAAGCCGGUCAAUAUUCUGAAAGAUUCUGAUCCGUCCACAUCUUCCAAAGCUCAAGAAGAAGCACCGUGCGGUGAUGACAAAAAACCGCAAAACUCGUCUAAUAUCAAUGGUAAUGGUCAAAUUAUUUUGAAGGAGGAACAUCUAGACGAGCCAGAGCCAAAACGAAGGCAAGAGAAAGGCGACUUAAUUCUCCCAGAUUCUCAUGUAAAACCUGAAAAGAAAUCCAAGUUUGUUGUACAUGCAGCAGGAGAUGUGGGGAUAUCAGGUGAUGGAUACCGAUGGCGCAAGUAUGGGCAGAAAAUGGUGAAGGGUAACCCACAUCCCAGAAACUACUACAGAUGCACUUCUGCCGGAUGUCCUGUCCGGAAGCACAUCGAGACAGCAGUAGACAACUUAGAUGCUGUCAUCAUAACAUACAAGGGUGUACAUGACCAUGACACUCCUGUGCCGAAGAAACGACAUGGCCCACCAAGUGCUCCUCUCGUGGCUGCUGCAGCACCUGCCUCGAUGAAUAAUUUGCAGUUGAUUAAACCAAGCUCGCCUCUGCAAAACCAGAAAAUUUCUACUCAAUGGUCAGUGGACACAAAAGGUGAACUAACUGGGGAAGCCAUAGCCAUGGACCUUGGGGGUGAGAAAGCAAUAGAGUCAGCUCAAACUCUUCUGAGCAUAGGUUUUGAAAUUAAGCCUUGCUGAAUUCAUCACGAAAAACCUCGCAGUUGUAGCAUCAUAUAAAUUGGUUAGCCCGGUCUCUUGUAAUUUCACAGCUUCCUGUGUUUAUUCCUUGGUUUUCUUCUCAUGUAGGCUUUAGCAGAACAGUUUGUGUGUGUUUGUUUGUAAAUCCAUUCAGUUUGUCUGAAACAGUUUGCUAGUAGUGGAACAAGUAAUAAAGAAUUGAUUGGCAUAAUUUAUGUUCA